GACGUCAUUUCUGGGCGACCCUUAUUUUUGGCUUUGCGUUUUCCGGCUGCUCUUCUGAGCCAUGCCUAAGGUAGUGUCCCGGUCAGUAGUUUGCUCCGACACCCGGGACCGGGAGGAAUAUGACGACGGCGAGAAGCCCCUCCACGUCUACUACUGUUUGUGCGGCCAGAUGGUCCUGGUGUUGGACUGUCAGUUAGAGAAAUUACCCAUGAGGCCCCGGGAUCGGUCCCGUGUGAUUGAUGCUGCCAAACACGCCCACAAAUUUUGUAACACAGAAGAUGAGGAGACCAUGUAUCUUCGGAGGCCUGAAGGCAUUGAGCGGCAGUACAGGAAGAAGUGUGCAAAGUGUGGACUGCCACUCUUCUACCAGUCCCAGCCAAAAAAUGCUCCUGUGACCUUCAUUGUGGAUGGAGCAGUCGUCAAGUUUGGCCAGGGUUUUGGGAAAACAAACAUAUAUACUCAGAAACAAGAGCCUCCUAAGAAGGUGAUGAUGACCAAACGGACUAAAGACAUGGGCAAGUUCAGCUCUGUCACUGUGUCUACUAUCGAUGAAGAGGAAGAGGAGAUCGAGGCUAGGGAAGUUGCCGACUCGUAUGCGCAGAAUGCCAAGGUGAUUGAAAAGCAGCUGGAGCGCAAAGGCAUGAGCAAAAGGCGGCUACAGGAGCUGGCGGAACUGGAAGCCAAGAAAGCGAAAAUGAAGGGAACCUUGAUUGACAACCAGUUCAAGUGAUCAGGCCCUUUCUGUGCACCCAGACUGGAGGCAAGCAUUUAGUUCAGGAGGGAAAAGAGCAUUUUCUCAUUUACAUGGACUGGUUCUGACCUUUCUGCCCCAGCAGAAGGCCUUACGUGGCUUCCCAGUGAUUCUCCUGCAUUCAGUGAGAUCUUUGAGUCCAUCUGACCUGCUUUCUAGAGAUGCGUUUUUCUCCAUCUUUCUGUAUAUAGGUCUUCUGUACGAUUUUUUGUCCAUUUGAUGUAAACUUCUUCAUCUGUAUAGAAGCUCCAUGAAUAGAUCAGUGCUUGAGUGUCUCUAGUUUCUAAAGUAGCUGUUCUUAUUCCUUCUUCAAAGUUAAUAAAAUGUUUAAAGAUUUUUGCUAAAAAAAA